UCUCCGGAGGGAGGGGGGGAAGUUUUCUCAUGGAGAGCGAGAGAGGGCGGAGAUGCCGCCGCUGCUGCUGCUGCCGCUGAAGAAGCCGCUCGGGAUCGCCAUGCAAUUCGCCCGACGGAUCGCGGGUCUCGACUGGCGCUUCCUCCUCCUCCUCCUCCUCCUCCUCCCCAUCUCCCUCCUCCUCUUCCUCUCCAUCUCAUCCUCCUCCCCCGCCGCCAACCCCUUCUCCAACCUCGCCCCCCUCCUCCUCCUCCGCGGCGGCGAGGCCGCUAGCGGCCGGGGGGUCCCCCCGCCGGCGGCGUCGGCGUCGGCGUCGGCCCCGGUCCGGCGGACGUGGAAGGAGGAGCUGGUUCGGUCGAGGAUGGCGGUGUGCCUGGUGGGCGGGGCCCGGAGGUUCGAGCUCACGGGGCCGUCGAUCGUGGAGAGGAUUCUCAAGGUCUACCCCAACUCCGAUCUCUUCCUGCACAGCCCCUUCGAUGAGAACGCGUUCAAGUUUCUGCUGCUCAGGAGCGCGCCGCGGAUCGCCGCGGUCCGGAUUUUUCGCCCGGAGCCGAUGGCGGAAUCGGAGCCGGAGCUCCGGGUUCUCACCGCCAGGAACUCGCCCAACGGAAUUCAGGGUCUAUUGCAAUACUUCAACCUAGUGGAAGGAUGCCUUACCAUGAUCACGUCCCACCAAGCCCGUCACAACUUCGCUUACGACUGGAUUGUCCGGACCCGGGUUGAUGGCUUCUGGAAUGCCCCGCUUGACCCGGACAACUUCAUCCCGGGCCACUACGUGGUCCCGCCAGGCUCCACCUAUGGUGGCCUCAACGACCGCCUCGGCAUCGGCGACCUCCCCACCUCCACCGUUGCUCUCUCCCGUCUCUCCCUUAUCCCCCAACUUGACCAGGCUGGUUUUCGCCAACUUAACUCCGAAACAUCCUUCCGUGCCCAGCUCACCACCCAGAACGUCACCCACCUCGCCAAGCGCCUCCCCUUCUGCAUUGUCACAGACCGCCAAUACGCGUUCCCUCCAAGCCGGUUCGGAGUUCCGGUGGCCGCCAUCUCGAGCAAGGGUCCGUUGAGCGGCGCCAAGUGCAGGCCUUGCACGCCCGUGUGCCGUGGUGCCUGUGUGGAGCAGGUGAUGCCAGUGCUCGAUAAAGGGUGGAGCUGGACUCAGUGGGAUAACGGGACACUCGAGCUCUGCGACGCACAUGGGGAGUGGGAGACAGGGUGGGAGAAGAUAUUCGAUAGAGUGGCGGGGAAGGUGCUGGCAAAACAAAGGAAGAGAGUUUGGAAUUUGAAGCUGAAUGAUUGUGUGAGUGAGUUUGAGAAGAUGAGGAGGCGAACCGUAAGCUGGCAGGCCCCCGCUGCAGACGAGAUCUGCAAAGUCGGGUUGGGUUACGCGAGAUGAGAGAGUAGCUGAAGCUGGAAACUGAUGGCUCCCAAUUUUUUCACAGGUAUAGAUAAUAUAUAUGUUCUUUUGUAAAUUUUUGAGGAAUUUACAGUACAGUUUUUCUGGUUCGAUAUUUUUUUAUAUAUUUUGCUUA